AUGCAUGAACUUUUAAAUCGUCUCUACGUGAUAGACAGGAGGAAAGAAGAUGGGGGCGUGAAAAGUAGUAUUCAGCCUACAGAAGAGCGCAUCUGGAGCCUCUGCAGUGGCCAGUUAGAAGAUAAACUAUCUAACACCCCUCUUCGGGACGCUGUUCAGAGCCCUGCUGAGUUUUCAAUCAUGGGAGAAUUCCGCAACCCUAAAGAAGAGAACUUGAACCAAUCAGUCAAUCUACAGCAACUGCUUCUUCCCACAACAUACCAAACGAUAAAAUAUUUUUCUUCCUUCCCUUCCGCAGACUUAAACAACGUAGAGCCAUCUCUUCAUGGUGUCCAGAAGCUUCUUCCUGUAAAUUACGACAGUUAUACUACAGAGCAGUAUCUGUACGCAGGCAAGAAGAUUAUCCUUCAAGAGUCAAUAGAGAACUACGGAUCCGUAGUGUGGCCGGGGGCUAUAGCUUUGUGCCAGUAUCUGGAAGAGCAUCCAGAGGAGUUCAGAUUCCAAGGGGCCAAAGUAUUAGAAAUUGGGGCUGGACCAGGCCUGGUGUCCAUUGUAGUGAGUAUUCUAGGUGCUUACGUCACAGCAACCGACCUACCCGACGUUCUGGGAAAUCUCCAAUACAACCUUUCACAGAACACCCAAAAUUGCACACCGUACCGGCCUGAAGUGAAGGAAUUGGUGUGGGGAGAGGAUCUUGAGCUAAAUUUCCCCAAGUCAACUCACUUUUAUGAUUUUAUUCUAGCUAGUGAUGUGGUCUAUCACCAUUAUUUUCUGGAGAAACUGCUGACCACCAUGAAAUACCUGUGUCAGCCAGGAACCGUAUUGCUGUGGGCCAAUAAAUUCAGAUUCAGCACAGAUUAUGAAUUUCUGGAAAAAUUCAAGCAAGUUUUCAAUACAACACUUAUUGCUGAAUAUCCAGAGUCGACGGUCAAGAUCUUUAAAGCAACGACACCACAGUGAGGAUCGAAGGACUUUAGUAGAGUCAACUGUAAUAAGUGCUUGGGAAGAGUAUAAUCAAAUCGUUAACAAGAAGAAAAAAUAUACUUUAUAAUGCUGGGUGUUGGGGGGGAGUUGUUUUUGACUAGUACUAGAUUCUAAGUAGU